AUGCCGCAGACUUUCCACGGAUGUGCAGAACGCGUAGGCCAGGAGCAAGCGCCGCUGUUUUCUACUGAGAACUACCAGGCUCAGUUCGCUCGCACGUACUCCGUCUCCGAACACCACUCGUCACUGCCAUACGAUUGGAACCUAUGGUACUACGAGAGCCGAGUGCUCUCCGCUUUCGACAUGGACCGGUUUCUCAAAAUUCGAAAAAACGCAACACUUUGCGAGGAAGGGUUUCUUGGGAACGCUGAUCUCUAUGGACUCGGAAUACGACUUGGACUCUAUCUCCAGUGGAUGUCCUCAUUCCUGGCCAACAAUUUCCUCUCAAGCACCCGGCAGGAGAUUCAGAGGGUGUACCUGGUGUUCUCCUUGGCUAUUUGCCUGGCAACACUCAUAGCAAGCACCAGAAAGUCCUGUGUCUUCAGCGUCGAGAUCGAAAUCCUAUACUGGAUGUAUUGGGGAGGCUACGUUUGCGUAUUUGGAUCUGCCCCUUGUUCUAUUCGACUUGGCACUGUGAGCCGAUGGGUCAUGACCGACUGGACCGGAGCAAUACUGUUUACUACUCACUGGAUCAUGACGUAUCACGGCAUAUGGUUCAUAACCUGGGGUUAUGACCAAGCGUUCUCGCGUAUGCCAUGCGGCACAUAUCACUUCUUCCUAAUUCCAGUACUGGAUCCGAGUGUGGGCUUCUGGGUUCUGAGAGACUUGCUGACCCUAACAGCGGCUCCGUGGUUUCCACACUUGCUGACGGCAUUCCCACUAGUCGCACUGCUCUUGCUACCGGAAGCAAAGCAUUCUAUGCAGGGGUCGGCUGCGUAUCAACUGUUUUUGUCCAAACUAGGAGCACCGGAACAUCAGCGUGCUAAUUCCACGAUCUCUGAACCGGAGCCUUCGAUUUGGCGGAUCAUCCGCAGCCUAAUCAAAAGAGCGCUGGGCGCACUCCGCAGGUUCUGUGCUUUGCCCACAGAGCGCCGAGGUGGCAUUCGUCUAGUCACGCCGGUGGACUUGAAGCAUCGAAGACUUCUCCGCAUCCGUUGGGCCACUACUGGGGUGCUGGCUUGUAUCCUGUCAGUCAUUGCCAUCGAGCUGAGCCUCCGAUGGAACAGAGUUCUGGGCGUGUAUUCGAUCACAUCCACGGGCCAAUACAUCCCUUUGAUCAUUGGCAUCGCGAGCUUCAUAUCGGUGUGCUGGGAUAUAAUCAGACAGGAAAGCGAGCGACGACGACGCCUGGCAUGCCAUCGAGCUGUGGGCGAGAUGGGCGAGGAGUACGAGCUACGCAGUCUCUCAAAUGGAAUCAGCCAUGCAUUCGCUCAGCCUGACGAGGAGUUCCUCAUGAGCGGUGCAUUGCCAGUCUCGCAGGACGAAGCUGAGGCCGACAUUGCUGAUGCUGGAUUCCUUCAACAAAAUUGA